AUGCAGAGGAAGGUUGGUAUUUUUUUCUUUUUCUACAUGACUUUCUUCUUCGCCAACUGUGGGCCGGGUUCAACUGUCUACAUUCUCCCUUCCCUUGUGUUUCCCGAAAAGAAGUUGUCUCUCUGUCAUGGAAUUUGUGCGUGCUUGGGGAAAUUUGGAGGCGCUCUCGGGUCCUCUCUCUAUGUUCCAUUGAUACAAUCUGUGGGUAUGACGCGAGCGAUGCUUUUUUCUUCGGUAGUAGCGAGUCUGGGUGUUUUCUGUACUCUUUUUGUCUGUAUUGUUUGUUGA